AACGCGUUUUAACCUAAUAUAAAGUUCAUUUCAUGGAAAUAAAAAGGACAACACAUUGUGAAAUCAAUAUCAUGAGUCAAUAUCUUAAUAAACAAUCUCACAUGGAAGUGCAUUCAGCAUAAAGAUAAAUCAGACUGUGUUUGAGGAUUGUGGGUAAAUUUCAAGAUGUCAGCGCCCGUCGUCCGGUGGAUUUGUGAGGAACUUUCCAAUCUUUUGGGAUUUGAGGCCACAGAGGACAUCGCAAAAUACAUCCUGGCCAUUGAAACAGAGAAGGACCUUGAAGAAUACAUGCAAGAUUUGCUUGAGCCAUCAGUUCCUAGAAACAAAAGAUUUAUUAAAAAGUUGCUUGAGAAAUGGCGACCUCCUCCCAGAAAGGUUGAAGGUCCAUCGGAAAAUGUCAAGGUAUAUAGAAAGUCAGACGAUAUAGAAUAUGUUCAUGGUAAGGAUAAAGCUGUUAAAACCAAGACGAAAGCUUUAGAUGAAGGAAGUCAGCUCACUAAAGAGAAUGUAGAGAAGAAUCUCAAAAGCCUUGGAAUGGAUGAUACACCUAAACCAAUAGAAGAUAUGAAUGGGUUUGGAGAUGUUGAGACAGAAUCUAUGAUGUCUAAUACAACAUCAGCCAGCACACGGAGUAGGAAAUCAAAGUUUGUAAACCUGUUUAGUGAAAAAGGUCUUGCCAAAUCUGGGGCCAAAAUACCAGGAAGACAUACAUGUGAGUGCCAGGCUGUUAAACACAAGCUAGUGAAUAAUUGUGUUGGGUGUGGCAGAGUCGUCUGUGAGCAAGAAGGUUCUGGGCCUUGUAUGUUUUGUGAUACACUGGUUUGCACAAAUGAAGAAGGAGAAAUGAUAGCAAGGGGCUCAAAGAAAGGAGAAAAAUUAAAGAACUACCUUAUGAAGGACCAGUAUAAGGGCUUGAUUAAAGAUUCUGAAGAAAAAUUGGAAAAAGCUAUAGCUCAUAAAAAUAGGUUACUGGAAUAUGACAGAACGAGUGCAAGGCGAACUAAAGUCAUAGAUGACGAAUCAGACUAUUUUUCCUCAGAUUCUCAAUGGUUGUCUAAAAAGGAUAGAGAAAAACUUAAGAAACGAGAGGAAGAAUUACGUGCAAUAAAACAUGCCUCUCGUAAAGACAGAAAAAUCACAUUAGACUUUGCUGGUAGACGUGUUAUAGAGGAAGGUGGCGAUGUUGAUUUGUACAACAUUAAUGAUAGCGUUGUACAGGAAGUGCAUUAUGGGGCAAAACCUAAAUCAAAGACAAUCGAUUUGAAACAAGAGGAUUUUAUUGGUUUAGUGAAUCCUACGUUAGAACAACCUCCACCUUUAUUCAUUCCAAGUGAUGGGCCUUACAGUAAGAAGGUUUCUAAUCCCACCACCGCUGUCACCAAUAAUAUAAUAACAGAAAAGCGUACUGUGAGGCUACAAGAUUGUGAGCUCCAGCAAAUGUCUGAUGAUGGCAUGUGUCUCAGCAUGCAUCAGCCAUGGGCAUCACUUCUAGUCAAAGGUAUCAAAAUUCAUGAGGGUAGAACCUGGUACACUCCACACAGGGGUCGUCUAUGGAUAGCUGCUACAGCCAAGAAGCCCACUGCUGAAGAAAUAGCUGACCUUGAACAAGCAGCAAGAUUCACAAGUGCAAUUCCUUUAUCGGAUUCCGACUUUCCAAGGGAAUAUCCAGUAGCCUGUCUGCUAGGAUGUGUUGACGUGUCUGAUUGUUUGGCCCAAGAUGAAUACAGAUUGCAGUAUCCCACUGGAGAGUCAGGGUCACCCUAUGUUCUGAUAUGUAACAACCCGCAAGAACUUAUAGUCAAAUUUCCCAUUAAAGGAAAACAUAAAAUAUAUAAACUAGAAGCCCAUGUUCACCAGGGUGCUAAAAAAGGACUAAGAAAAGUUGUGAGAUGACACGUGGACUGAACAGAUAAAUUAUAGGAUACAGCCGAGAAUACAUGUGGUGUCGGGAAAAUUCAUCUUCACAACUAUUGGUUACACUCAGCUUCUACUUCCACCGAGAAAAUUAGUUAAAUUGAUAAUGACAAGAAUGUGAAAUUGAAGACUUUGGGCAUCUUUCAUCAGAAGGCUUCAUUGCUCUUUCAAUCAAGAAGUGAAAUCAAUUGAAGAAGUGAAAUCAAUCAAAAAGUGAAAUCAAUACAAAUGA